UGGUCUACCAGUAGUCUUCGUCUCUUCGAUAACAGAAACCGAAAUUCCUUUGGAAACUCAUUGUAUUUAUUUUCAAAGUUAUGUUUUAAAGGGCAGAUACUAAAAACAUAUUCAAAUCAAGAUUAUAAGGUUGUUAAUAGGCAGUAAUACGUGCACUACAAAAUACAUUAGAAUUUUGUGAAGUCAUCGUAUGCACGCCGCCGCCAUCCAAAACAACGUAAUACACACUGAAAUCCAGUUUUCGGAUGACCUUGUUCACUAUCAUUAUCGCCCAUUGACAUACUAUCUUAUUUGUUAUAUGUGACUUGUCCCAUUCGAGGCGUAUUUUUUCAAUAAGCACAGUUGUUAUCGGCAGCAAUGGCAUCUGGUGCGCUCUUGAAAUCCACCAGAUUAGGCCUAUCAUGGCCAGGCGCCAAGGUAGUGGCUUCUCAGUGCCGCACCUUCACCAGCCAGCUGACAGAGCAGCAGAAAUCUAUCCAGGAGCUGGCGCGUAACUUCACCAAUGAACACUUGAAGCCAAUAGCUUCUCGCCUGGAUCUCCAGGGCCGGUACCCAUUUGAACAGUUAAAACAACUCACAAGUCUUGGCCUGAUGGGCGCCAAUGUGGACGAGGAAUACGGCGGCCUAGGUCUCGACUACCUCUCUCUCACCGUAGCCAUCGAGGAGCUGUCUCGUGGUUGCGCCAGCACCGGAAUGAUCCUGUCCAUCCACAACUUCUUGUACGCCAACCUGGUCAACGAGAGAGGAACACCAGAACAGAAGGAGAAGUUCUUGUGUGAUUUCACUAAGGGUUCCAUUGGUUGCUUCGCGUUGAGCGAGCCUGACGCUGGCAGUGACGUCGCCAACAUCAAGACUAUAGCGAAGUCGGACGGCGACCACUGGAUUCUGAGCGGCAAGAAGAGUUGGGUCACGUCCGCCAUUGAAGGCUCCGCGACCGUCGUGUUCGCGACCGUCAACCCUGAGCUCAGGCAUAAAGGAAUCGCGUGUUUCCUUGUUCCGCUGGACGCUGAAGGCGUGUUCAGAGGCAAGAAGGAGCCGUUGAUGGGCGUCAGCGUGUCUUACAGGGCUGCGACCGCGUGCGACAUCACCCUGGAUGAAGUGAGAAUUCCGAAGAGUUAUAUGGUGGGAGAACCAGGAGAGGGUUUCCGGAUAGCCAUGGAGCAGCUGGACCAGGGAAGAAUUGGGAUAGCUGCUCAUGCUGUUGGCAUCGCACAAGCGGCUUUGGAUACAGCCAUGGAGUACGCCAAGGAGAGAGAGGCUUUCGGAAAAAUCCUUACAAGACUGCCGUCAGUCAAGGACCGCCUAACCGACAUGUGCAUCCUCGUCGAAACAGCGCGUCUUCUCACAUACCGCGCGGCAACCCACGUGUGUACGAAAAACAGUGCAAUGGCGAAAUACGUGGCGGGACGUAACGCCGCCGCUGUGGCCGAUCAUUGCGUGCAGAUCAUGGGCGGCCGCGGGCUGUCAACCAACUACAACGCCGAGAGGCACUUCAGGGACGCCCGCGGGACGCAAAUCUACGGCGGCGUGACCGACAUCCAGAAACGCCUCGUCGGUCACUACCUGCUCAAGGAACACGGCGCCCUAUGAUGAGACAUCAACCAUAUAACGAUAAGUUGCAACUGAUGUAUACCUAAAUAUCUACAUCGAUAAAAUAUCAGUAUCUAAACACUCAAGAUAUAAUAUGCAUUGUGCAAUGUGCAUAUUGAUUUAAAUGCGUAAUAUUUUUACAGGUGAAUGCGCUUCGAAUGGACAACUUUAAUAUGUACGCUACAUUCAACUUUUAUGUCACUCAAUCUUUAUUUUAUUUUCAUAAUUCUACCAUAUUCAUUUCUAAAUAGCUCUUUCGGAAUCAGACGUUCAUGCAUAAAGGAUAGUGCCCAGAAAAAUAAACAUUUAAACGAUACGAAUACGGUGUGUUUUCGAGAAUUUCGAGAAUUCGUUGAAAUAUUUCUAUUUAUUUCAAAGGUUUAUGUUGUCCCUCUAUCGGAUAUAAAUGGAACUAAUGCUCAAACUAAAGCUUGGCAAUAAAUAUUCACGCCGAUAAACUGUUUUGGACGUCCUUUUUAUAAAGUUAUCAUAAUAAAUAAAUAAAUUAUAGGUAACAAGAUGUCGUUAUUGACGACCGAUUUAUGAUAUAACCAAACUUAUACAACAAAGUAAAUUAUAUUAAUAAGGUGUAUUAAUAGACUUAUUUACAGGGGAUUUCGUAAUGCAUACUUAAACAUGUAUUCUUAUUCUUACUUUGUAUAACGUAAAGCAUUUCAAUCAUGGUGAAAACGUUUAAUCAUUGGUGCUUGUAAUUUAUAGGUGUUUGGUUUUCAUUCUAAGUAAGUUUUACUCAAUUUCAAUCAUACUCUCAAACCAGUACCAUGUCUAGUCUUUCGGUAAAAGUCAGUUUACUUUAUCAAACUGGUGCGAAAUAAAUUAAGCUACUUUCAUGUCUUUUAAUUCCAAUUUUGCCAUAUCUUUCUACUUUUCUUUUUAAAUUAUUUGUUGAUUAUUCUCGCCAGUUUGUCAAAAGUAAACGAAUCGUCACGAAACUGUGAUUUCAAAAAUAUGUUCCUGUAAAGGAACAUAAUAAUAAUACUUAUCAUUACACUUUAUGUGAUGUAAUGUACUUACUUAUUUAAGUUAUUGCUACAUUCCAUUUACUUGAUGUUUUGCAAUUUAUUCUAAUUGUUAUUAUGAAUUAUUAUUCUAAUAAAUAUUACAUAAUUUAAA